AUGACUUGUUCAAAGUACAACGUCUACAAACGUAAAGCACCAGGACUGAUCACACAGGCAAUGAUGAUGAUGAAAAACACAUGGAGCUUUACGGUCACAAAACUGGCUCUAGCAUGGGAAAAGAGUUCUGACGGAAUUGGAACUAUGGCUGGUUUAAUGUGGAGAGGACUGAAAGGGUUAUUGGGUUUGGUCGGUAAAAUCUGGAAUGGACUCUUAGGGUUGGUGGAUCAAGUCUGUGAAAUUUGGAGUGGACUGACAGGUUUGGUGGACUGGAUUGUUUCUUGGAUCACACGGUUGGCCAAAGGGAUGUACAGCGGUAGUUUCUGGUUGGCUGAAUCGAUUUGGAACAAUGUCGUAUAUUUGCCACAUCUAAUCUGGAAUGGAACGGUGGGGAUGGCGGAAUGGGUAAAGGAAAAGAUUACAUGGUUGGCCGAGAUCUCACAGAAAAUUGCUUUAUGGUCAGCUGGGAAAACAUGGAGUGGAUCUAGAUGGUUAGCUGAGUGGACUUGGAUGGAAGCAAAAUGGUCUGCGGAAUGGACCUGGAAAGUGAUUGAAAGGAAUUGUAAACCAAUUGAACCUGUGCUUGAAUACCUUUUGGAAACAAUUGAAGUUGUCACUGAGUUUUACAAUGAAUAUGUUCACGGUGAGUAGAAAGACCAAUGAGAAAUACCCCGAGCAGUACCCUCUGAGGGUAUUUCGUGGGACUACCCCCUUGAAAAUACACCUUGAAAAUAUUCCUCUGUGAUAACGACCCAAGAUAUUAUCUCACUUUUAGUUGUUUCAUCGGUACGUUAUGAAAAUUACUCCGCGUCGAUAACAUUCAUACUAUAUUUUUGGUUUUUUGUCAUCAGAACAUGUUAUCAAGAUUCAGAGCCACAUCGUUUUCUCGACCUGGCGUGAAGCCGGUUAUACGAUCUCGACCGUCUUGGUUCUGAACUGUGUUGUGGUUACCGUUUACAUGUUGAUUUCGUGGCCUGUAAAGUCGAUCUGGCGAAGAUGGUAAGUAGAGAAAUUCGAAACAUUAAGAAAAACACUUAGCUAAGAUAUUAAGUCAAUGGACGGUCCAAAGGUUUUCGCCUAUCACUUAAAUGAGCGCUUUUAAAUCGACUUGUAUUCACUUACUGAUAGUCUGGCACUAACUUUCAAAUGCUAACCUUUCAUUUUUUUUUAUAGAUCCUUGAACGGUGUGUGCGAUUGUGAAUAAAUAUUUUGAGUUUGUUUAAUGUUUUUGUUACUAUUUUUCUUGACAGGCAAGCUUACAAAGAAUGGAAGGCAGCCGAAGAAGCUUCCUGGAGAUUACCUCCUAGACGUCAGCCACAACCAAAUGAACGAGUCUGGGAAAACCCCAAAAAGAAAAAACUCCACAGAAAUAAAAACGAAUAA